AUGGGUCUUGUGGGUCAUACGGGUCUUGUGGGUCCUGUGGGCCAUACGGGUCUUGUAGGUCAUACGGGUCUUGUGGGUCCUGUGGGCCAUACGGGUCUUGUGGGUCAUACGGGUCUUGUGGGUCAUACGGGUCUUGUGGGUCAUACGGGUCUUGUGGGUCUUGUGGGCCAUACGGGUCUUGUGGGUCAUACGGGUCUUGUGGGUCUUACGAGUCUUGUGAGUCUUCCAGGUCUUGCGGGUCUCGUGGGUCCUGUGAGUCUUCCGGAUCUUGUGAGCCUUGCGGGUCUUCCGGGCCUUGUAGGUCUUGUGGGUCUUGCGGGUCUUACGAGUCUUGUGGGUCUUACGGGCCCUGUGGGUCUUACGGGUCCUGUGGGUCUUACGGGUCCUGUGGGUCUUACGGGUCUUGUGGGUCCUGUGGGCCAUACGGGUCUUGUGGGUCAUACGGGUCUUGUGGGUCUUGUGGGUCUUACGGGUCUUGUGAGUCAUACGGGCCUUGUGGGUCUUAUGAGUCAUGUGGGUCUUACGAGCCUUGUGGGUCUUACGGGUCUUGUGGGUCUUACGGGUCCUGUGGGUCUUACGGGUUUUGUGGGUCUUACGCGUCUUGUGGGCCUUAUGGGUCUUGUGAGUCUUACGGGUCUUGUGGGUCAUACGGGUCUUGUGGAUCAUACGGGUCUUGUGGGUCUUACGAGUCUUGUGGGUCUUACGGGUCUUGUGCGUCUUAAGGGUCUUACGGGUCUUACGGGUCUUGUGGGUCUUGUGGGUCUUACGGGUCCUGUGGAUCUUACGGGUCUUGUGGGUCUUACGGAUCUUACGGCUCUUCUGGAUCUUACGCGUCUUGUGGGCUUUAUGGGUCUUGUGAGUCUUACGGGUCUUGUGGGUCAUACGGGUCUUGUGGGUCAUACGGGUUUUGUGGGUCUUACGAGUCUUGUGGGUCUUACGGGUCUUACGGGUCUUACGGGUCUUACGGGUCUUACAGGUCUUACGGGCCUUACGGGUCUUGUGGGUCUUGUGGGUCUUGUGGGUCUUGUGGGUCUUGUGGAUCUUGUGGGUCUUGUGGGUCUUGCGGAUCUUGUGAGUAUGAC